AUGGAAGCUUCCCCCGGAAGUGCCAAGCGACCAUUCCCCGAGAGAACCGAGGAGCUCUCGGGCAAGCCUCUCAAUAUCUUUAAUGGCUCUAAUAGCGGAACUUGUAAGGCCCUCGCCUACCGGCUCGCCGACGAUGCCCAAGCACAUGGAUUCAACGCGAGGAGAGUGGAUUCUCUCGAUAUCGCUAAAGACGCGUUGCCCAAGGACCAACCCAUUGUCAUUGUCAACUCUUCUUACAAAGGUCAGGCUCCGGACAAUGUAGCUCACUUCGUGAGUUGGCUCCAAAGCGUGGCCGGAAAAGAGGCGGCAGGGUUGGCCUACUCGGUCUUCGGUGUCGGAAAUCGAGAUUGGGGACGGACGUUUCACAGAAAGUCAAGAAAUAGCCAGAAAGCGGUAAAGCAGAUUCUUUAG